GGGUAAAACAGGGGAUCAGACGGUAUUCGGACGGAGAUCCCGUUUAAAUGGGCUAUGGAGUAUGUCUGACUCAUCAUCACACUCUCAUCCAUUGCCGGAAACACUCAAGCCACCAGAAUCUCCGGCGCCGGCCGACUCACAUUCUUGACUCUUGUCAAGUUGUCAGCUCUCUCCAAUCAUAAGACGACUUCUUUCCUCUUGCCGAUUAAGGUGCAAAUAGUGAAAAUGAGGUUGCUGUCGAAGUUCCGUUGUAUCACAUUGGAUGUCACGGGUACCCUGAUUGCUUACAAGGGAGAGCUUGGCGAUUACUAUUGCAUGGCUGCAAAAGCUGUCGGUUUGCCAUGUCCUGAUUACAAACGAAUGCAUGAAGGCUUCAAGUAUGCAUACACAGAUAUGGCAAAGAAUUACCCUUGUUUCGGUCAUGCAGCCAAGAUGUCCAACAUUGUAUGGUGGAAGACUUGUGUAAGAGACUCCUUCGUUCGGGCGGGAUAUGAAUAUGAUGAGGAGAAUUUCGAGAAGAUAUUCAGGCGGAUAUAUUCUACCUUCGGCUCAUCAGCACCUUACACAGUCUUUGCAGAUUCACAACCUUUUCUUAGAUGGGCACGAGAACAAGGCAUCAUAGUGGGGAUUGUUAGCAAUGCGGAGUAUCGAUAUAAAGAUGUAAUUCUUCCAGCCUUGGGAUUAAAUCAGGGGUCAGAGUGGGACUUUGGUGUGUUCUCUGGUCUUGAAGGUGUGGAAAAGCCAAAUCCAAAGAUAUAUCAGAUAGCAUUGGAGAGGGCUGGAAAUAUAGCACCGGAAGAAACCUUACAUAUAGGCGAUAGCAUGCGAAAAGAUUACAUACCGGCCAAGAGUAUUGGGAUGAAUGCUUUGCUACUGGAUCGGUUUAAGACUCCCGAUGCUAAGAAUUGGAGGGAGUCUGGUGCUCUUGUUCUCCCUGAUCUUGUCGCUGUUCAAAACCUGCUGAUUGCAGAGCAAUUAAAUUGCUAGACUUCUUGUUUGCCUUUGCAUAAAUGGCUGCCCUAUUAUCCAUUUCAUUCUUCUUCUUUGGGCAGGUCGAAUUGAGAUGACUGAUUUAGUUACUAUAUUUUGAAUUUCCUAAACCAUCGUUUAAGCUUAUUUUGUAUAAAGGGUAAUGUUAUUCUGAAAAUGGAGGGCUUACAUUGUUGUAAUGCUCUUACAUAUUUCUGAUAAUAAUGAGGAAAUUAUUCAUUGUGCAAUUAAAGAAAUCAUCUCAUAUCCA